AUGGUUUGGAACGCCGCUUUGAGAAUAGUCUUGAUGUGCAUCCUGGCGCUCUUGCUUGGUUUUACGUCUGCCCCGUGCAAAGCUCGGAUUUACAGCAACCAUUGGGCUGUACGGAUAAACGGUGGACCCGACAUCGCUGAUCGGAUAGCGGGCAAAUAUGGCUAUAAGAAUAUGGGUCAGGUAUGUUUGUGGUUCUUCUCAAAGUUAUAUAAUUUCGUUUUUUUCCAAACGACUUUCAAAGUAAAAUGCUGCACUAGUGUUUUUAUUUGAUAAUUGAAACAUAUUUUGAUAUUGAACCGUGGCGUUUCAUUGUCAGUCCGAUUGAAGUUCAAACGUCAAGGUUAGCCGCCCGGGGCCACAGCGGAGAGUCCUCGCACAGGGCCAGCCCGAACGCGCUACCUCUACUCUAAUGUGCCUUGAUUAAAACUUGAAACUUGAACCCGGGAUAGUAUCUGGCGUGUGUGUGUGUGUGUGUGUGUGUGUGUGUGUGUGUGUGUGUGUGGCGGGGAUCAGCCUAUCACAAACGGGACAGGACAAUGACAUGAAUGAAGCGAGAGAAAGGGGUAGUGUAGUGAUUAGGCUCUACAACAGUGGGACAACAGGUGCCCACACGCAACAGUUACUGUCUAGUAUUUCAUGUCUCAAACUAAUAUGGGCCUGCAUGAUCAAAUGAAAUUUCAAAUCAAUUUAAACAAUGUUUUAUUCCUCACAUGCUUCGUAAACAACAGGUGUGGACUAGCAGUUAAAUGCUUAGUGAGAAAGAAAAUAGAGAAAUAGUAGAAAAAGUUAAACAAGUAGUAAUAGAUACGCAAUGAGUAACGAUAACUUCGCUAUAUACAAGAGGUACCAGUACUGUGUCGAUGUGCAGGGGUACGAGGUAAUUGAGUUAGAUAGUUUUGUUAAUGUAGUGUUGCGUGUGGACAGCCCUUCAAAUGCUCGUAUUUGGCUAUUUCAGCCAAACCCGUUGCUGAAAGGUGUAUAAAUCCGAGCACACAGCCAUAGACAGACUUUGGCAGAAGAAUGGCCCGUACUGAAGCGCUCAGUGACUUUCAACGUGGCACCGUCAUAGGAUGCUACCUUUCCAACAAGUCAGUUCGUCACAUUUCUGCCCUGCUAGAGCUUCCCCGGUCAACUGUAAGUGCUGUUAUUGUGAAGUGGAAACAUCUAGGAGAAACAAUGGCUCAGACGCAAAGUGAUAGGCCACACAAGCUCACAGAACAGGACUGCCGAGUGCUGAAGCGUGUAAAAAUCGUCUGUCCUCGGUUGCAACACUCCCUACCGAGUUCCAAACUGCCUCUGGAAGCAAUGUCUGCACAAUAACUGUUCGUUUGGGAGCUUCAUGAAAUGGGUUUACAUGGCUGAACACCGCUCACAAGCCUAAGAUCACCAUGCACAAUGCCAAGCGUUGGCUGGAGUGGUGUAAAGCUCGCCGCCAUUGGAUUCUGGAGCAGUGGAAACGCGUUCUCUGGAGUUAUGAAUCAUGCUUCACCAUCUGGCAGUCCAACGGACUAAUCUGGGUUUGGAGGAUGGCAGGAGAACGCUACCUGCCCCAAUGCAUAGGGCCAACUGUAACGUUUGGUGGAGGAGGAAUAAAGCUCUGGGGCAGUUUUUUCAUGGUUCGGGCUAGGCCCCUUAGUUCCAGUGAAGGGAAAUCUUAACGCUACAGCAUACAAUGACAUUCUAGACGAUUCUGUGCUUCAAACUUUGUGGCAACAGUUUGGGGAAGGCUCUUUCCUGUUUCAGCAUGACAAUGCCCCCAUGCACAAAGCAAGGUCCAUACAGAAAUGGUUUGUCUAGAUUGGUGUGGAAGAACUUGACUGGCCUGCACAGAGCCCUGACCUCAACCCCAUCGAAUACCAUUGGGAUGAAUUGGAACGUUGACUGCGAGCCAGGCCUAAUCGCCCAACAUCAGUGCCAGACCUCACUAAUGCUCUUGUAGCUGAAUGGAAGCAAGUCCCCACAGCAAUGUUCCAACAUCUAGUUUAAAGCCUUCCCAGAAGAGUGGAGGCUGUUAUAGCAGCAAAGGGGGGACCAACUCCAUAUUAAUGCCCAUGAUUUUGGAAUGACAUGUUCGACAAGCAUGUGUCCACAUACUUAUGGCCACGUAGAGUAUGUACAAAGAACUAGGAAUAAAACUGACAGAUAGUAAACAGUAACAUCAGCGUAUGUGAGGAGUCAAAAAGUUAGUGCAAAAAGGGUCAGUGCAGAUAGUCCGGGUAGCUAUUUGGUGAACUAUUUAACUAACUAUUUAGCAGUCUUAUGGCUUGUGGGUAGAAGCUGAUCAGGGUCCUGUUGGUUCAGACUUGGUGCAUCGGUACCGCUUUCCGUACGGUAGCAGAGAGAACAGUCUGUGACUUGGGUGGCUUUGACCAUUUUUAGGGCCUUCCUCUGACAUCGCCUGGUAUAGAGUUCCUGGGUGGCAGAGAGUUCGGCCGUACGCACUACCCACUGUAGUGCCUUGCGGUCAGAUGCCAAGCAGUUGCCAUACCAAGCGGUGAUGCGGCCAGUCAAGAUGCUCUCAAUGGUGCAGAUAGUCCACAAUCAGAUUUCCUGUAAUCCACGAUCAGCUCCUUUGUCUUGCUCACGUUGAGGGAGAGGUUGUUGUCCUCUCCCACACUGCCAGGUCUCUGACCUCCUCCCUAUAGGCUGUCUCAUCGUCGUCAGUGAUCAGGCCUACCACCGUCGUGUCAUCAGCAAACUUAAUGAUGUAGUUGUUGUGCAUGGCCAUGCAGUCGUGGGUGAACAGGGAGUACAGGAGAGGACUAAGCAGGCACUACUGAAGGGCUGUAUGCGAAUUGGAGUGGGUCCAGGGUGUCUGGGAUGAUGGUGUUGAGCCAUGACCAGCCUUUCAAAGCAUUUCAUGGCUACAGAUGAGCUACGGGGCGAUAGUCAUUUAGAAAGGUUACCUUGGCGUUCUUGGGCACAGGGACUAUAAUUUUCAACCAGUCAGGGACAGGUUGAAAAUGUCAGUGAAGACACUUACCAGCUGGUCAGCGCAUACUCUGAGUAUGCGUCCUGGUAAUCCGUCUGGCCCUGCGGCCUUGUGAAUGUUAACCUGUUAAAAGGUCACGCUCCCACGGUUAUCUAAUUAGCAUAAUAAAAAAUCCCCAUAAAAAUCCACAGUUUAAGCUGGAGAGAUCUGUUUUUUUGCAUUGGCUGCGUCUCAAUCCACCGCAUCCGCUUAUGUCGCACUUACGCAUCUGUGGUGAAAGGUGACAGAGCUAAAGCGGUGUUUGUCAGACCAUGAGACAUCCCGAAAAUUGGUCUUCUCACAAAAUCGUCUGUAGUGUCCGAACGGUUUGGCCUACAAAAACUAUUAUGACCCCUCUAUGGGAAGGUGAGACUCUCACAAACACGUACUGUAGCUUAGUAGAACCCCCUCCCCCAGCUUAUACAGGGCUUAGACUCUUAUGGGUUAAUGAUCUUACUAUCAUCGGCUAUCAGUUGUGGAUGUUGAGACUAGGACCCCUUAAUGAGCACUUUAAGAUAAGAUAAUCUUUUAACAACCUUUGAACCUCAAGCACUUGUAAUUGUAUAAGUGGCCACAGUAAAAGAAGACUGGAAAGCAUGCAUUGAUGUUGCAGAGGGGUUGAUAAUGUGAUUUGCACUGAGUGUUUCAAACCUUUUGCCUAUCUGUUAUGGCCCUGUUGGUGUCCUUCCCAAGGAACAUGCUACAUUCACCAGCAACCCUUCCCACUCCAAUCCAUAACUGCUUUCAGGUACAACACUGGGAACAAGAUGCUAUAGCCUAGAGGAGAUAUUGUCACACAUGCUGGAUUUAAAAGGGACGUCAUUUUGUUGUUCAACAAUUGUCCUUAUGAUCAGAGAGGCCCAUGCAAGUUCAGAGUAGGCAACAUGUGGUUGCUUAGCAACCCACACAUUUAACAGGGUGGUGGUCUAUAUGGGAGAAAUAUCUAGCAACCACGAGGCAAUCCAAAGCACUCGCUCUCUAUCCACGAAGAAAGCCAUACUACGUAUUCUGACAGGUUGAAAAUGAGUAUCCUAGACUAGUAGUCAAAAACAGCAAUAGCAGGGUCAGCCAGUCCUCAAACCUCCCGCCACUCUUUCUCCCUAGGUAUAUAGUGGUGAUUUACCCCCCCCCCCCCCCCCCCUCUCCUUUACGGGAAUUGAGUCUAGUGCCCCCCCCCCAAAAAAGGUAUUCCAGUGGGUGCAGCCCCUCACCCCUUCAUUUCCAUGUGAAUAUGGAGUGCUCAUUGGACUUUGACACCUAAUAGACAGAGGGGUUCCUUCACUUCCUGCUUGGGUAAACCUCUGAAAGAUGCUCCCAUGGGGCAAUAUCGCUCCAGUCUUCUAACCUGAACUUUGACACCAGCUGUGCCGGUUGUGUGUGUAUAUACACACACACAAAUGCGGACCCCACACAGUCAGACCUUAAGUAGAGGUACUGUUGGCUGUGAUGAAUAUCAAGCUUGCACAAAAGGUGCAUAUAUGUGGGUUAUUAUUUUGGACACCCAACAAGCUACCAUGAUUUUGUAUUGGUUUUUUUUCAGGAUGAAAAUAGGUUGUUUAUUUAGGACAAUCAUUUGAUAUGCAUGUGAUGGUGAAAUUGAGGAAGAGAGAUGGGAACAUACAAUGUACAUUGAGACACAAACAACCACAUAUGAAUGGAGAGGGAGGGAGGAAGGCAUGCAGCUGUUGGAAACUGUGUUUUUCGAAUAAAUGAUGAGUGCCGAAUCAUUUUAAAGGUAUGCAGGGCACGUGAUGUAAUGGCCCCAGUUGCAUUUGCAAACAAAUUAUGUUUCUGUAUGAAAUCCAUAGCCUAUAUGUAAACAGGUUGACAGUGAGCUGGGAGCAAAAUAACCAGAUGGGAAUUUGACAAUGGCUCAUAAAUGUUAUUUCUAUAGUUGCAGUCAUCAAAGAUUGAAUUGCAUUGAAUCAAAUUAAUCAGAUCCAAUGAUUUACCGCCCAUAGGGCAGGGUUCCGCUAUUUUAAUUCUAUGCCUACUCCUUGCAAAAAAACAUUGUUACAUUUGAAAAUAUAUAUAAUUUGCAAGACAAGGAUUGUCCCGACUUUCAAGAAUGCCUGAAUUGAUUCGCCUUGCUUUACUGGUUGGCUGGAUGCAAGUUUCACCAUCCAAUUAUUUCAGAUCUAGAGGAGCGCAAAUUUCACCAUUGGCACAGGACCGUGGUGAUACAUCGGCACAUGAGAAUUAUGGCAAAUAUUUGUCAGUCCUUGCAUUCUAUCCAUGCUGAUUUUCGCUGGCGACCUGUGACAUGAAACCGAUAGGUGGGAGGGCAUACAGGCUGUCGCCAAUUUAUUAAUGUGCAAUUUGCCUAAAUGGGUAAUGGAAACACUUCAACCACUUCAUUUUUAUUUGACAAUAGGUUUUUGCGCAAGUUUUUUGUUGUUGUUGUUGUUGUUGGUGUGACUCAUUACAUCCAGCUGUUUUAUCCAUACAAGACAGUUAAAUGGAAAUGCACCGCAGUAGGCAAUUGUUGCAUCUAUUUUCUAUACAAACUUUUGAAAUUGCAACAGAAAAUUAUUGAACAAGUUCAUGGAAACACAGCUAAUGAUGGAACGCUACAAUUCGUAAACUCGGGUUUCAUCAUUGUGGCACAUAGAGUUGGAUAGAGGGCGUACUUGACACAAAGCUUGUUUUAGCAUGAGGGCUUUCUCAAUUUUUAAGCAGGUAGUGAACUGGUUAUUGCUGAAUCCCAAACCAUUCCCUUUCCCCUACCAACUCGCUCGGAGGUCCCUCAGUUGUCUCACUUGUCACACUCGUACCUCCGAAUUUCCGACAGCAUCCAAAUGCACCAUUUAUCUCUUGCUGUGUGAGGUGGAGGGAAGUUGUUGUGAGACCAAAGAUUAAGUCAGAAAUGUCUUUAUUUGGAUUUCGACAUUUACAAUUUUAGAAUGUUGGGCUUCAUGUCUUUCUGGAGCCCGGACGCUUUUGGGUAUGAUAUAGGCUACCUGCUGUUGCCUUGUGUCUUCCACGUUCUGACAGUGAUGCGGUCAAAGCAUGCCCUCUGGGUCUAUGGGCAAUUCCACUGUAACAGUGACGCUGAGACUCAUUUUUUCACUUUAGAAUGUAUGCCAAGCAAAAACCAUCAGAAACCAUAUGUACACUGCUCUUUCCAUGACAUGGACUGACCAGGUGAAUCCAAGUGAAGCUAUGAUCCCUUAUUGAUGUGACUUGUUAAAUCCACUUCAAACAUUGUCGAUGAGGGGGAGGAGACCGGGUUAAAGAAGGAUUUCUAAGCCUUGAGACAUUGAGACAUUGAUUGUGUAUGUGUGCCAUUCAGAGGGUGAAUGGGCAAGACAAAAGAUUUGUGCCUUUGUACGGGGUAUGGUAGUAGGUGCCAGACUCAUCGGUUUGUGUCAAGAACUGCAACACUGCUGGGUUUUUCAAGCUCAGUUUCCCGUGUGUAUCAAGAAUGGUCCACCACCCAAAGGACAUCCAGCCAACUUGACACAACUGUGGGUAGCAUUGGAGUCAAUAUGGGCUAGCAUCCCUGUGGAACACUUUCGACACCUUGUAGAGUCCAUGCCCCGACGAUUUGAGGCUGUUCUGAGGGCAAAAGGGGGGGGUGUAACUCAAUAUUAGGAAGGUGUUCCUAAUGUUUGGUAUAUUCUGUGUAUAUGCAGAAGUCUACUUUUAACAAUUGCCACAGACAAUUUUACUAAAACACAUUUACAUUAGGAACAGUGCAGAUGCAACUUUUGGUAACAGAAUUACAGUAAAAUCUCCCUCAGUUUUUUAUGUGACCACGUUUUCCAAAAACUAUGUUAAAUAUCUACUACGAAUUAAGAUUAAAAGAUGUCUGCAGAAAGAAUGGGGUGUCAGCAAUGAUAUCUUGAGUUUGAAAAAUGUAUUUUGGGUAUUGAACUACAGUAAGCGAUCCUGGUAACAGAAUGACAGUAACAGAAUGACAUCAUGGGUCCUUGAGCUGUACUAAACAGAAAUGCAUAUGAAAGUCAUUCUCGUCAUGAUGAUGUAUCCUGAAUAGGUACACCAAGGUAGAAAAUGUAAUAUCCUCCAUUGCAUGUUCGGGUAUAAUUCUACUCACUGGCUAUUAUUCUAAUAAGCUCCGCCCCCAAGCAAGACCACAUUUGGUUGGUCCGGACCGGACCAAAUCUGUACCAAUCAGACGUCUAUGUUUCACGUGUUUGGACAGCACAGUACAGUAAAGAAAAGUACAGUGAAGAAAAGUACCAUAGAGUACAGUAGAGUAUAUUACAUUAUACUGUACUCUACUCAUGUGUGCUCUACUGAACUGUACUGUAUUUAACUAUACUAUACUUUUCUUUACUGUACUGUGCUCUACUGCAACUGUGGUUUGUGACUACUAUGAUUUCACAUUGUGGCCAAUUCAAUUGCAGUCAUUUUGUUACAGAUUUUCCUAUUUGGUAAGAGUGACGCGUUUAAAAAACAUAAUAAUUAAUAAACAAGAUUGUUAUCAGUAAAAACACUAACUAAUUGGUAGGUUUACCUUUUACUUGUUACUUCUGUGAACUUUCAUAAUCCUCCCUCGAGGGAGAGAAAUGAGAAAAUAUCUUAAACGUGGGUUUUUGGUAACAGAAUGACAAGACACUAGGCAAUAUUUCUAAAACGUACAAAAUGCAAAUCAUUUCUGCAAAACUAAAUAUAAAUGUUGAUAUUAGUUGGUAGGGGCAUUUACUGUAACAUUAUUGUGUUUUGAUGUAUUUCUAAUACCUUUUUAAGACUCUAUAGGAGAUGUUUUUAAGACCCCUUUUCCAUCUGUGUGACCAGAAAUCAAAGUCUUCGCUUAUUCCAAAUUUUUAGGAUGGAAAAUGGUUGAAAAACGUAUCUAUUGCUUCAUUUCCCCAAAAUAUAGACUCUGCUUUCAUUUGACACCAAAUUUGAUAUGCUCCUAUAAACUUCACAUGUUGGUUGGUGCUUAUGGGUCCUUUUACAUGGAAAUGACCCUAUGCUACUGCAAGAGGGAAGGACUACCUGAACUUGUCUAAUAAGAAACUCUUGUUUUCCGCUGCAAAACGUUAUGCAAUGUUUUCUUACGGUGUACCCUAAUGAAUACGACUCAUUGUAUUAUGGGGUGAACUAUUGUUGUGAGUUGCCUGAAAGGAUAUACAGGCGUGAUAUGGGCCCUCAGGUAGCUCCUGUAAAGAGUAUAUGACACCUGGUAGCCAUGACAGUUUGAUAAUCUACCUCUGAAUUAUUGAAGUUAAUCACCCUUUGCUUGCCUCAUGUCUGUCUCUCUGUCUGUCUGUCUGUCUUGUUUAGGAGGUUUGUGGUUCCCGUCAACUCGGUUGACGUCUUUACGUCUUUACUGCUCAUUAUGAACCAAAUAAAUGUUAAUUUUGUCUCAUUUACAUUCAUAAUGCCACCCCCUGAUGUCUUCUUGGUACAUAAAAGUGAAUGCAUGCAUCUGAAAUGGCACCCUAUUCACUGCAUUCCGGAUGCAACCAACGUAUUUACUGUAGACUGAUCGCGUGUGUUUUCCUCGGCAGAUUGGCGACCUGAAGGACCACUAUCACUUUUUUCACAGCAGGACCAUCAAAAGGUCGACGCUCUCCAGUCGCGGUGGCCACAGCUUCAUCUCGAUGGAGCCCAAGGUAAGCCUAUCCCGAUCGCCACCUCACAGUGUUCGCAGGCCGCCCAGCGGGGUCAUCGACACCCGCCUGCAUUAUUGAUGAGUCUCAGAACACCGCCGUUGGUCUUGCCCUGAUGAUGCGUACAGUCCAGGGCACAAUUGUAGUUCAGCACACCGCCGAAAAGUCUACCAACCAUAGCACUGCUGAGCAUAGUUGUCAUCAAUGUGAGAUGUAUUAUACUCACUUGAAACAUUGGCCAUUUUGAACAUAUUCCACAAUACUUCCCUCUGGGCAGGAGGCAGUUUUGCAUUGACAGGCAUCACAGUUCAUGGAGGGAGGGAGGGAGGGAGAGAGGGGGAGAGAGAGAGGGAGCGAGAGAGAGCAGUGUUCUCUUUGCCUCUCUUCUUCCUCUGGUUUCUCUCCUGUGUGAGGGGUUGACAGGAAGGAGAUGUGUAAAUGAUGUCAGCUGGCCCUGCAGUCUGAGCUGGGAGUCCGUCUGUUCCCAUCACUACUUUUCAGGGAUCAGUGUCCUAUCAUUCUGAUGCCAGUCUCCUUUCGUGCUGAUUUUGGGCAGGUAGCUUAGUGGGUAAGAGCGUUGUGCCAGUAACUGAAAGGUCGCUGGUUCUAAUCCCCGAGCCGACUAGGUGAAAAAUCUGUCUGUGCCCUUAAGCAAGGCACUUAACCCUAAUUGCUCCUGUAAGUCGCUCUGGAUAAGAGCGUCUGCUAAAUGACUAAAAUGUUAUAGAACUAAUCACGUUGUUAUGCUUAGUUGUAUAAUGCAAGUCAUCUCUGUGUGUUUGUGUGCGAGUCUGGGUGUAGCGGGCACACCUUGUGUGUGUACGUUGUGCGGUCUACCUGUUGGCACGCAGGUCUCCAUGGCUUGGAGAAGGGGUGCUUGAGUGUGACCUCACCGUAGGGACCUUUUACCCCAUUCAAAUACAAAAAAUAUAUAUAUAUUUAUUUAUUUAGCAGACACUCUUAUCCAGAGCGACUUACAGUAAGUGAGUGCAUGCAUUUUCGAACCCACAGCCCUGGCAUUGCAUGCGCGAUGCACUACCAACUGAGCCACAUGGGACUUCCUCAGAGUAAUCACUGAUUUAUAACAGAUUUGGAUAGGUAUAGGCAAGGACCCCAUCACUUCUACCUAUACUUUCAUGUCAGAUCAGUGAUCAUGAUUACAAAAGUCUGACUUCAACUGACGCUCCUUCUGUACGGCUGGCCCUUUUGGGUCCUGGUUGCCCUUGGUUACUGACACAGUCAGUGCGAGAGGGAGAGACUGCAAUAGAGAGGGAGCCACCUGCAAACCCUUAAGAAGGGGCAAAGCAGAAGCAGUCGUAUUUCAAAAGCCCCCAGUCCAGUUCACCAUCUGAAGGAAGAGGGAUCAGAUCCGGUUCCUCUCCCUCUUAGUGCACUCUCAGGUCAGUGGUGGAGCUAAUGGAUGACUGGCUGCUGGGGUCAGACCUCCUGUCCAGUUGACUGUCUGAGGACUGCUGCAUAAGGCUUACGCUCGUCAUGCACAAACACACGGACAUAGACAUGGUGUAGGCAGAGCCAGAGAUAGACACACACACAUACUGAUGGCGCUGUUGUUCUGAGCUUAGUGAGGUGUGUAAACGGUUGCUUUGAAACUGAUGUUAAUGACAGUGUAAAAUGAGCAGAGACUUCCGCCUGCUGUCUUGUCUAAGCAUUAACACCAGUCUGAUCGCCCUCCAGCACUGUUAAAUUAUUAUUUUUUCUCUUUCCUUUUUAGACUUCAUAACUACAUCCUAGGUUAUGAAAUCUCUCUCUCUCCCUCAGUGUUCCCCACCCCCCUUCAAUCUUUCUGCCUGUGUUUUUCUUGGUCUACCACCAUCUCUCUCUUUUCUCAAUGUUUUUUCCCUCCUCCGCUCUCUUUUCUCUCCUCCGCUCUCUGGAGAAACUGACAGAUUUUUUAAAUAGGUCAUUCACUCUCAGAUGAUUGUCUACAUCACUACCCAUUUUUAAUUUUUGUAAAAAAAAAAUUGUAUGAAGUCUUUUUUUCUUGUUUUACCUGAACGAUUAGGCUACCUUGUGUGAAAGUGAGAGGCAACAGUCAUUUAUUUAGCUACCUAUCAAGUAUAAGGCUCUAAUUUGGCCAGGUUUGAGAUUUCCUUGUCCAUCAUCCCGAUUUCGAAAUCUGAAAAAAUCCUACCCAUUGCUCCCACAUUUCUGAGAUGAGCCAAGGAAUUCUGUGAGAGAUUCGGUUUGAGAGAUUGAUUUGACCUGAGAUGUAGUGUGUGCACGCGCGCGCAUGCACAUGCAUAUGUUCACAUUUAUGUGCACACUUGUCUGUCAGCCAGUGUUUUACUUUGUUAAUGUAUUUCUCCACGCACAUCCCUCCAUCUCCCAUUGUCCACCCAAAACAUGCUUGCCCAUAAAUCCUGCAUAUUCCCGUUCAGUGAUUGGAUGUUUGAUAUUGUUUUUACUCACUGUCCAAUGGUAUGCCCUCUGUUUUAGGUGGAGUGGAUUCAGCAGCAGGUGGUGAAGAGGCGGAUCAAGAGGGAUUACAAGGCGGCCCCUCACCCUCUCUCUAGCCCCGCCCAGACUAGCCCCGCCCAGUCCAUCUUCUUCAACGACGCCAAGUGGAGCAGUAUGUGGUACAUA